AUGAACCUCAAGUCUAACCCGGCUAUAACCUGGGUUGGACAGAACAAGGAGACGCUGUGGUUCAACGGGGACUACCAGAGAACCACGCUUUGCGAUAAUGACCUGGAGGGCUACCAGCACGCCGUCGAGUACGCACGCACACAUGCCUCUGCCGUCCUGCAGCAGGACCGAGCUCGUGUGCUAGUAGGCGAUUGGUCCGCCACGCAUCUGUCGUGCCUGUGCUGCCCGCUGGUCUUCAAGACUAUGAACCCCAAAAUAAAGCUGCUUGCCGUACUCCGAGAUCCCGUAUCGCGGGUGCUGAGUCGGUUUAUGGAGCAAAAGGCCUUGAAGUUUGGGGCCUGCCACGCGGAGGUUGUCAACGAGACGUUUCAGAGCUACGUUGCUAAAGAGUUGGACAAGCUUGAAUGCUGCCGGAAACUGGCGGCUCGUUACACCGGCGGCAACGGUGGCACCCAGCGCGGGCAGCCAGCAGUAGCGUACGGUGCGGCCACCACCCGCGAGCAGCAGCAGCAGCAGCGGCCCGCGGCUGGUUGGGGCGGAGGCAUGGACCUGGGGAACUGGAUGGCGGCGCAAUGCGCCGCAAAGUCGAACAUCCUUGGCUGGUCCGUCUACGACGUAUUCCUGGAGAACUACUUGGCGCACUUUCCGCAGGAGCAGCUCCUGGUGCUGUACACGGACGAACUGGCGGCAGAUCCGCUGGCUGUCCUUCGCAAGGUUGAGGGUUUCCUAGGUGCAGAGCCUGGCAACUACAGCGCCGAGGGCUUGGCACUCGUGUACAACAGCCGAGGCUGCUAUUCUUGGCAGUGCGCCCGCAAGAAGGGCGAGGUGCGAUGGUUGACGCCCUCCGGCGCCAUGUCCCGCUCAACCUCAUCAAGCGCUCGUGGCGGCGCUAGCAGCAAUGAUGGUACAGUGGGUGGCGCGCGUGGCGGCGGUGCGGCAGCGCUUCGAGGGGGAGCCGGAGCUAGCGGCGGCAGCUAUGAUGGGGAUAUUGAUCCGCAAGGUCAGCAGCAGCACGAGCAGCAGCCAGCAUUCUUGCCUGAUGGCGACAGUCCUUUUGGCCAUGCCGUUGCUCGUCUGGUCGACUUUUACCGGCCGCACAUGCAACGUUUAUUCGCUUGGGCGGAUCAGGGCCUCAUUGCGCCACCUCCGGCCGCGUGGAGGAGCCGCUACGACGUGCUGGCGACAGGGCGGUGGCGAUGA